UCUAGUAGACACACACUCCGUCACUUUCAUAGGUUAAGAUAGUGUGAAACAAGGUAAUGUGGAGGCUGUCAUCGUGACCAGAGGAUGGAUAGGCGUGGUAGUGUGGAGGAGCCGCAGAGCGGACUCCCCUCACCCAGUCCACGGGACCCCCUGCUCAGCCCUGACUCACACAUGGAUGCUCAGGGCUAUAAGUGGGUGCGCUGGCGGGUUUGGCUGUGUCGUCUGGCUGCGGCGCUGUCCUUGGGUCUCCUCCUGAUUGUGUUUCACUCGCCCCGGCUUGCUGUCCUUGCCCGCUGCUGCUCCUGUCCUCUGGCUUUGGCAGAUAUUCUGCUAAUAAGAGACAGUUUUGGGCAGCAGCAUGUGGUGGAGGUCCUCACAGAGGAGGUUAGGGAGGGCAGUUUGGAGCUGUUGGUCGAGAUGGAGGACAAUGAAUGGAGAGAUACAGUUCAGCUGCACAAGGAGGAGAAAACUCUGCUGCGCUACUACCUGUUUGAAGGGCUGCGCUACAUGUGGCUGGACAGGAAGGGAGCUUACUGUCGUGUCAGUGUCCUCAAUGAGGACUGGACCUGUAAGGACCUGUACGGUUUCCAAAAGGGCCUGAGUCACCUGGAGCAGAGCUUGAGGAGACAAAUGUAUGGGCCCAACCUUAUUGACGUGCCUGUGAAGCCUUACUUGAAGCUGCUGUUUGAGGAGGUCCUCAACCCAUUUUAUGUCUUCCAAGUGUUCAGCAUCACCCUGUGGACCAUCGAUCACUACUAUUUGUACGCCUUGUGUAUAUUUAUUAUCUCCGUUUUCUCCAUUUGUAUCUCACUUUAUGAGAUCCGCAAGCAAAGCGUCACCCUUCACAACAUGGCCCGCUUAGUCACAGACGUCACAAUACGGAGAGCCUCAGGAGUGGAGGAGUGUGUGAGCUCAGUGGAGCUGGUCCCCGGCGACUGUUUAAUCAUCCCUCAGGAAGGUCUGCUGCUGCCCUGUGACGCUGCCCUGCUGGCCGGGGAGUGCCUGGUCAACGAAAGCAUGCUAACAGGGGAGAGUGUCCCAGUGCUUAAAACUCCACUGCCGGCUGGGGAGGGGAGGUACAGCUCAGAGACUCAGCGCAGACACACCCUGUUCUGUGGUACACAGCUCAUUCAGGCCAAAGGGGGAGGUCCGGGAGGCAGCGGUGCAGUCGCCGUGGUCACGAGCACUGGGUUUUUCACAGCCAAAGGCAGCCUGGUCAGCUCCAUAUUGUAUCCUCAGCCAACAGACUUCCGCUUCUACCAAGAUUCUGCCAAGUUCCUGCUCAUCCUGGGUUUCAUUGCUGUCAUUGCCACCAUUUACUGCUUUGUGGUCCUCUUCAGAAGCAAUGCGACCUGGCUGGAAUUGGUGAUUCGGAGCCUGGAUCCUGUGACCAUAGCAGUGCCUCCCGCCCUUCCUGCUGCCAUCACCACCGGCACCAUCUACGCGCAGAGGAGGCUGAAGAAACAGGGCGUCUUCUGCAUCAGUCCACCUCGCAUCAACAUCUGUGGCAAGGUGUCCAUCUUCUGCUUUGACAAGACAGGAACUCUUACUGAGGAUGGUCUGGAUGUGUGGGGAGUGAUGGAGGGGGGACCUGCUGGUUUCUCAGAGCUGGUCCCAGAGCCCAGACUGCUGCCCCCAGGACCACUGCUCUCAGGCCUGGCCUGCUGUCACACUGUGACGCUGCUGAGAGGACAGCCCCUCGGAGACCCUCUGGAGCUCAAGAUGCUGGAGUCCACUGGUUGGACACUCCAGGAGCCAGAGGGAGAUGGAAAGGUGCUGGACGCUGAGUUUGGAGGCCACAGAGUUUUGGCUGUUUUGAGACCUCCCACUCAUUCAACAAGUGAGGCGACGGCCAUUGUUCAGAGGUUUCCCUUCUCCUCGGCCCUGCAGAGGAUGAGUGUGGUGACGGUGGCUCACGGCGGACGCUCAGCUUUCGCUUUCAUCAAAGGAUCCCCAGAGAUGGUUGCUAGCCUCUGUCGAGCAGACACCGUGCCGGCACAGUUCACCAGCAAACUGCGCAACUUCUCCAGUGAAGGCCUCAGAGUUCUUGCACUCGCUUAUAAACCAGUAGACAAGAACACAGACUUUAGGAUCAUUGAACGAGGAGAGGUAGAGAAAGACAUGCAGUUCCUGGGUUUACUGAUGAUGAGGAAUCUGGUGAAGCCGGAGAGUGCCCCGGUUAUUAACAUCUUGAGACUGGCAUGCCUUCGCAGCGUCAUGGUCACUGGGGACAACAUUUUAACAGCAGUCAAUGUAGCAAAAACCUGUGGGAUGGUCGGACUUGACGAGAAGGUGAUAUUCGUCAGUGCUACCCCCCUCACCGCCCGCUCCAUGCCGACCCUGAGAUUUAGCCUGGAAGACGGAGGAGCCCCCACUGGCCAGAGCUCAGCAGAGGUCAUCACUCGGGGCCUGUACCAGGGUGGUUUUGAAUAUCACUUGGCUAUUAAUGGCAAGUCCUUUGCUGCCCUUUGUGAUCAUUUCCCCGAGUAUCUGCCAAAGGUUUUACUGCGAGCCACGGUAUUUGCACGCAUGGCUCCUGACCAGAAAACCCAGCUGGUGAAGGAGCUGCAGAAGUUAAACUACCGGGUGGGCAUGUGUGGAGACGGGGCCAAUGACUGUGGGGCCCUGAGAGCUGCUGAUGUUGGAGUUUCCCUGUCUGAAGCAGAGGCUUCGGUCGCGUCACCUUUCACCUCUAAGACUGAAAACAUCAGCUGUGUGCCGCUGCUUAUCAGAGAGGGCCGAUGUUCUCUGGUCACCUCCUUCAGUCUCUUUAAGUACAUGGCCCUGUACAGCCUCAUUCAGUUAUGCUCCGUCCUCAUCCUUAUCACAGUCGGGACGGCCUUGGCUGACAUGCAGUUCCUGUUCUGUGACCUUUUCGUGGUGACUAUGCUGGCCAUCUUUAUGGGGAAAGGAGGCCCCAGUAACGAGCUGCACCCCACCAGACCCUCAGCCAGUCUGUUGGCCCUGCCUGUUAUCGGCAGCCUCUUUAUCCACACCUGCAUGAAUGUCCUCGGGCAACUGGCUGCGCUCUUCAUCACCAUCUCACAGAACUGGUAUGUUCCACUCAAUUCAACAGUGUUUGGAACAGAAAAUCUGCCAAACAUGGAGGACACCAGUGUGUUUGCCUUGUCAGGUUUCCAGUACAUCAUCAUGGCUGUGGUGGUCACUAAGGGCUACCCUCACAAAAAACCUCUCUACUACAACGUGAUUUUCCUUGGUCUGCUGUUAGUCCUCUUUGCGGUGAUGACGUGGCUGGUGUUGUAUCCUGGACCUGCCAUUACUCCAAUACUUGAACUAUACAGCUUUGUCGAUAUGGAUUUCAAAAUGCUGCUCGUCGCCGUGGCUGCUCUAAACUUCCUCGUUUGUUUUGUUUUGGAGGUGCUGAUAGACAUGGGUAUCCUCAACUGUCUUCAAUUGCUGCGCGGGAAACGUCCAUCCAAAAAACAGUAUAAACGUCUGAACGUCCUUCUUUCUGAAUCCCAAUCAUGGCCACCCCUUAAUCAAACCCUGUAUCCCACAGAUCACACAGUCAUCCAGUUUAGCUAGCACCUACUCACCCCUCUCUGUUGGACACUGUCAAUCACCGAGACAAAAAAUGUGCUGUCUGAGCUACAUCCCCAACUCAAUCAGCAGUAUGUAUUAAUAAAACUAUUUUUUAUGCAAAA